UUGUUAGUCUUUCGCCAAAGUUUUGAAUCUCAUGUUUUUUUUUGGUUGUUUUUCAAAUCUUUUUGGAAUUUCUGCUAUAGAUCCCGUUUUAUAUUUGGAUUUGUUUUAGGCAGUUUCCAGUUUAGCAUAAUUUGUUUUUUAACAGGGUCAUACAGGGAGUUUCAAGAAUGAUUCUUGAAUACUUUAGAAAUAGGAAAGUAUGGGUUAUUAAACUAAGAUUUCUACUGAGAGACAUGAUCUGCUAUUCACUUUCGGUAUCUUCUGUCAUCAGUUUCUAAUCCUGAAACCUGCUUUGGUCUUAUUUACCAUAUAAGAGCAUUAGACAACCCUUGAUGCCCCUCUACAAGAUUAGAUAAUAUGGAUCGAGCAGACACAUCAGGGUUUGUGAGUGGAGGAGGUAGCUCAUUAGGACUUAGUUUACUCACUUGCUUUGUUUUGAUUUAUGAGUUUCUCUAUUAAUAUGUGAUAAGAUUAUUUAGUUCGUUUUAUUUUUCGGGUCAAUGUUUUCCUAGUGUAGUAUGAUAACAUCCAUUGAUCCUAAUAAGAACAAUAUGUACCGUGUUCCAGAUGUUGAGCUCACAAGGAGUGAUACAACAUUAAGAUUAGAUUGCUUUGGUUAUGGAGGAAAUGAGUGUGUCAGAUUUGGAGGCAGUGGAACCAACAGCGGAAGCCAUAUUAUACAACAGAAUGCUGUUGAUGACGGGUGUAAACUGGUGCUUGGUUUGGGGCCAACACCUACUAUAUGUUCUGACGAUUAUUACCCUGGUGGAUCUAAUAAAAAUAAAGGAUUUACAGCAUUGUUGAAUCAGGGGCUAUUAUCUGAGAGUGAUUCUAUCCUCAAACUUGGCCUCUCAGGGAGCACCGAUGAAAUUUCCAAUGCACUUGAUUUUUCGGCUAUCACUCAGAGUACUGCUGGUGCACCUCAUCAUAUCGAUCAGCUAUCUUCGGAUGGUAAAAGACCAACUAUCCCUAUCCUGGAUGAAGGUUCCACAUCUGCCAAGAAGUCAGGUGGGUACAUGCCUUCACUUCUUCUGGCUCCAAGAAUUGAGAACAGCCGACUAUCCUUCCAAAAUAAGGAAGUUUCAGAACUGGGUGCAAAAUCCCAUUUUCAUCUCCCUGAGCUGAGCUCUGAACCUUCUUGUAUCUCUGACUAUUCAAUGAGUAACCUCUCUGAACCUACGACAAUGGCUACAUCCUCACGCAAGAUAAACAAUCCCAAGAGAUGCAAGUUUCCAGGGUGCUCCAAAGGAGCUCGAGGAGCAACAGGUCUUUGCAUUGGGCAUGGCGGGGGACAGAGAUGCCAGAAACCUGGAUGCAACAAAGGUUCUGAGAGUAGGACUGCAUACUGCAAGGCCCAUGGAGGAGGGAAGAGGUGCGAGCACCUGGGAUGCACUAAAAGUGCAGAAGGUAAGACUGACUACUGCAUAGCACAUGGUGGUGGAAGGCGUUGUAGCUUUCCUGAAGGUUGCACUAGAGCAGCACGUGGCAAGUCAGGCCUUUGCAUCAAGCAUGGUGGAGGAAAGAGGUGCAAUGUGGAAGGAUGCACUCGUAGUGCUGAGGGAAAAGUUGGCUUGUGCAUUUCACAUGGUGGUGGACGCCGUUGCCAAUUCCCUAGUUGUACAAAGGGUGCACAAGGGAGCACUUUGUUCUGCAAAGCACAUGGUGGUGGAAAGCGUUGCAUCUUUGCUGGCUGCACCAAAGGAGCUGAAGGGAGUACGCCUCUUUGCAAAGCACAUGGUGGUGGAAAGCGCUGUCUCUUUGAUGGUGGUGGUAUCUGCCCCAAAAGUGUACAUGGAGGCACAAACUUUUGUGUUGCCCAUGGUGGUGGGAAGAGGUGUUCUGUUCCAGGAUGCACCAAGAGUGCUCGAGGGCGUACUGAUUGUUGUGUCAGGCAUGGAGGAGGAAAACGCUGCAAGUUUGAAAACUGUGAAAAGAGUGCUCAAGGUAGCACUGACUUUUGCAAGGCUCAUGGUGGUGGUAAGCGUUGCAGCUGGGGAGAGGGGAAAUGCGAGAAGUUUGCUAGGGGCAGAGGAGGUCUAUGUGCUGCUCACAGCAGCUUGUUACAUGGGAGGAAUACGAAUAAAGGAGGCAUGAUUGGACCAGGACUUUUCCAUGGACUGGUCCCUGCCGCCUCCCCUGUAAAGAGCACUUUUGAGAACAAUCGUUCUUCGUCUAUGGUGAGCAUGGUCUCAGAUUCGAUUCAUUUACUCGAUAAGCCAGCUGAACGGCAGCUACUUAUACCACCACAGGUAUUGGUACCCUUGUCAAUGAAGGCCUCACUAAAUUGUUCAGAGAAGCCUGAUGACAGAAGCACCAAACUUGGAAUAGGAAGAAGCAACACAAACAACAACUUUGAGUUUGUUGUUCCAGAGGGCAGAGUUCAUGGUGGCGGCCUAAUGACUUUGCUUGGGGGAAACCUGAAAAAUGCAAUAAUGUGAAAGCUGUUCACUCUGCUCUGGGAAGACAAUAAAUUAUGUGAUUUGUACUCUCGCGAACUAGUAUUCAGUUUUUUUCUUUGGAACUGUGUAUAAAUGUUUGUAUCAGCUAUGUGAGACUCCUCUCUAUUAAAUACUUAGGAUAUGAUAUUGUAAUUGUCAUUUGUCAUAUUCCUUAUUUUGCCUUCAAAAUCUCUCUUAAUAAAAUCUUUAUUUGGUGGA